GUUAAAAAGAAUGUAUGAACAAUGUAGUCCAACUUUCUUUUAUACGAAAUUACGGAUAUUUCUAGCCGGUUGGAAGAACAACAAAUCGCUUCCAGAUGGAAUUAUUUAUGAAGGAGUGAGCUCAAAACCAUUUAAGUUUUCAGGAGCAAGUGCAUCGCAAAGUACUACAUUUCAUUUGUUUGAUGCCGCUCUUGGCAUUACGCACCAAGAUGGUGAAAAGACAUAUCUGGAAUCAAUGUUGGAUUAUAUGCCUCGUGGUCAUCGGCAAUUUGUUCAAGAGAUUCGUAAAGGACCAUCUAUUCGUGACUAUGUUCUAAAAAGUGAAGAUGGUGAAUUGUUGAGACUAUACGACGACUGUGUGGAAAGUCUCGUGCAGUUUCGAAGUCUACAUAUUCAAGUUGUAACUAGCUAUGUGACAAUUCAAGCAGCAAAUGCGAAAAAUAAACUUGAUAGAGCACUGGUACAUCACGGCACAGGAGGAACAGAAUAUAUGUCUUUUCUGAAACAUGUGAGGGACGAAACAAAUGAUGCCAAGAUGAUUUAAAUAAAUAGAACCACAGGCUAUCGACACACUAGAUUAUCCAAACGUUCAAAAGAACCUUAUAAUAGCUAUGGUUAUAUA